CCAAUCAAUAAUCUCCUUUCUCUCUCCUCUCUCUUUUCUCUCUCUCUCUAAAAAAGUUCUGAUUGAAUUUGAUUGCUUGAUUGUUGUUUGUGUGGUCAAUGAGGCCAUCAUCGUCUCCCAAUUAUAAAUUACGCGCUCUCUCAUUCUUACUUUCUUUUCUCUCUCUCUCCUCUAUUUCCCUUUCUCUUUCUCUCUCUUACCUUUGCUCAAGCUCUCGUCCAUGGCGAUCUGAGAGAUGAAUGUGACAAACACCUGGCUUUCUUCGUGAAGAAAACCGCGCGAGGUUUGUGUUUUUCGGCUUUUGGAGAGAGAAAGCGAAGUGACAGGAAAGAGUACAGAGAUAUUCGCAGAGGACAAUGUCUGCAAUGGAUCCUCUCGAUUCGUUCCUCUUCAACCUCAGCAGAGCGUUUUGCAGUCCUCUCGCGGUUUUCGUCCAGAUCCAGGGAUGUUUUAUUUGCUUAACUCUUGCUUUUGGGUGGGCUCUCGCUGCUUAUGUCAGGAACAGAGAGAUCAAUCGAAUGAAGGAUAGUAUGAAAGGUGGCAAUAGUCUUGCGUUUCUUUAUCGUGAUAUCAAUGAACUUGAGCACUCUCAUCAGCUAAAUCUGCCUAGGGUGUCGGUUGUUAUGCCUUUAAAGGGAUUUGGAGAACACAAUUUACAUAACUGGAGAAGUCAGAUUACGUCUCUCUAUGGGGGUCCUCUGGAAUUCCUUUUUGUUGUGGAAAGUACAGAAGACCCUGCUUACCAUGCUGUGUCUCGGUUACUAUCGGAUUACAAGGAUGAGGUUGACGCAAAGAUUGUUGUAGCUGGUCUUUCAACAACCUGUAGCCAGAAAAUUCACAAUCAGCUGGUUGGAGUGGAGAAAAUGCAUAAAGAAACGAAGUAUGUAUUAUUCUUGGAUGAUGAUGUCAGGCUUCAUCCUGGGUCAAUUGGAGCCCUCACUGCUGAGAUGGAGAAAAAUCCCGAGAUAUUUAUUCAAACUGGCUACCCUCUUGAUUUACCUUCAGGAAGUCUAGGGAGUUAUUGCAUAUACGAAUAUCAUAUGCCGUGUUCGAUGGGCUUUGCUACUGGUGGGAAGACAUUCUUUCUAUGGGGAGGGUGCAUGAUGAUGCAUGCUGAAGAUUUUAGACAAGACAACUAUAGUGUGGUUUCAGGACUUAGAGACGGUGGUUAUUCUGACGAUAUGACUCUUGCGGCUAUAUCUGGGGCUUAUAAGAGACUAAUUACAUCACCUCCAGUUGCUGUUUUCCCUCACCCCCUUGCAAGUGAUCUUAGUUUCUCAAGGUACUGGAAUUACUUGAGAAAGCAAACGUUUGUGUUGGAAUCAUAUAUUUCAAGAGUUAACUGGAUUAUGAAUCGAGCAUUAUUUACGUCCCACUGCUAUCUGUCGUGGGGUUUUGUAAUGCCGUAUUUAAUGGCCAUGAUUCAUAUCACAGCAGCACUACGUAUUUACAUUAAAGGUUACGCAUUUGAUGAAACUACCAUUACCUCUGGUGGGUUGAGACUGGUAGCUGGCCUAGCGAUAUGCACUCUGAUAGAACUUCUCUCAAUGUGGAACUUGACAAGAAUUGAAGUUCAUCUAUGCAAUAUAUUAUCUCCUGAGGCACCUCGGCUCUCGCUUGCUUCGUUCAACUGGUGCCUUGUAUUUAUUGCGUUGCUGGUAGAUAACUUCUUAUACCCAAUCUCUGCAAUCCGUUCUCAUUUCUCUCAAUCUAUUAACUGGUCCGGUAUCCGGUACCACUUAAAGGAUGGGAAGAUAAGGAAGAUUGAAAGAAGCAAGGAUAUUGGUCCAAAAUAUACAGAUUUAGGAGGAAAGAAUUUAUAUGGGAAGAAAGGAGCUCCUGCAAAAGUAUCAUUUCUGAGCUCUUUGGCAAGAAGUUUGGUGCAGUGGCGCCAGCCUAAGAAGUUUGACAGCUAGAAAGGGGAUUUAAGAAAACAUAUUGUGUGAUCAUUUUGCCAAAUUUUAGAGAACUGGUAGAUGGGCAACAGGAAUUUUAGAAGAUAAAUUUAUUGGGACUUGGGGUUGUAUUUGAUUGGUGCAUUCUAUUAUUGAUUGGUUGGAAGUGUUUUAGAUUCUUUUAUUUUUUUCAUAAUUUUUUUAUUCCCCAAUUUUUCUCCAUUUCAUUCAUCAGCAUCAACCCACCUUCUCUGGGCUGAUUUUGUAAUUUGCAAUGUUUUUUAUUCUGUAAUUUGUAGAAUAUUACAGUUGAAAUUCAAUUGAGACACAGGAAAGAUGUGUUUCCCAUUCUCUAUAGCGUCUGUCCAAUUUAUUUACAAUUUAUUUAUACCUUACCCUUACUCCAUUUGCAGCUCGUAGCA